AUGCUCGCCGACUCCAUCCCCGGCGUCAAGGUCGUCAAGGCCUUUGCCCAAGAAAACCGCGAGGUCGAGCGCUUCACCGAGCGCAAUAUCGAAGUGCGCGAAUCGCAGAUGACCUCGUUCAAGAUGCGGUCCUAUUACAUUCCGACGAUCUCCUUUACCGCCUCAGUCGGCUCGAUCAUCCUGUGGUGGUUUGGCGGCAAUCGAGUGCUCGGCAAUGAGCUGACCUUGGGCGAGUUGCAGGCUUUUAUCUCCUACAUGGUCAUGUUCUACGCGCCGGUGCGCUCGCUGUGCACCCUCACCGAGCAGCUAGAGACCGCAGCGACAACGGCCGAGCGCGUCUUUGAGAUCAUCGACACCGAGCCCGAAGUCCAGGACGACCCCGACGCCAUUGACCCCGGCCCGCUUACCGGCGAAGUAGAGUUCAGCAACGUCAGCUUCACGUACGACGGCUCGGCUAGGAUCCUCGACCGCAUCCACUUUAAGGCCGAGCCCGGCGAGAUGAUCGGCAUUGUUGGCCCCAGCGGCGCGGGCAAGUCAACUCUGGUCAACCUCAUUUCGCGGUUCUACGACGCCACUGACGGCCAAGUCCGCAUCGACGGGCAGCCCAUUACCCGCCUCAAACAGCAGGCGCUGCGCAGCCAAAUCGGCGUAGUCUUGCAAGAGCCGCUGCUGUUCCAAGGAUCCAUCGCCAGCAAUAUCGCCUAUGGGCAUCCCGACGCGACGAGCCAAGAGGUCAUUGAGGCGGCCCGCGCGGCCAACGCCCACAAGUUCAUCAUGAAUUUUCCCGAUGGCUACGACACCCAAGUCGGCGAGCGCGGCGGUCGGCUCUCCGGCGGCGAGCGCCAGCGCAUCUCCAUUGCCCGCGCCCUGAUUGGCAACCCGCGCAUCCUGAUCCUCGACGAGGCCACCGCCUCGGUCGAUACCCAAACCGAAUUCGAGAUUCAAGAGGCACUCGAGCGGCUAGUCACCGGUCGCACCACCUUUGCCAUCGCCCACCGGCUCUCGACGCUCAAAAACGCCGACCGACUGCUGGUGUUGGAAAGAGGGCGCGUUGCCGAGGUCGGCACCCACGAAGAGUUGCUCAAUAAAGAGGACGGCGUUUAUCGCCGGCUGGUCGAUAUGCAAACCGAAAUGGCGAAAGUGCGGGCACUAUGA